AUGCGGAUUCUCUCUGUCCUCGUUGGAGCUCUCUCCGUGGCCGGCUUAAUCAGUGCUGCCCCUGGAGGUGGUCCUGGUGGCCCUAGAAACCCUCCUUCUAGUCAGGAACUCGAGGACCUUGCCCUCAAAGAGGUCAAUGUGUUACAAAAACAGUAUCAAAAGAAGAUAAUCGACCACAUCAAGCCGCGUAAGACCGGCUGUACCCAAAAGAAUAUCCUUCGCCGCAAGGAAUGGCAUGCCCUAUCCAUCCCAGAACGACUCUCCUACAUUGCAGCAGUGCACUGCCUGCAUCGCAAGCCAGCCGUGACCAACCGCACUUUGAUCCCUGGUGUGCGAAGCCGGUACGACGACCUAGUGGGUAUCCAUCUCUUCCAAACAGACUUUGUCCACUCUUCAGGCUUGUUCCUGCCCUUCCAUCGGUACUAUGUCCAUCUGUACGAGAAAGCCCUUCGCGAGGAGUGCGGCUACCGUGGUGCACAGCCAUACUGGGACUGGACGCUGUGGUAUGAUGAUCCCCGACGGGCACCAUUGUUCAAUGGCAGUCCUUGGUCGAUGGGCAGCAAUGGGAAGUAUAUUCCUGACAGGAAUGACACGCUGAUUGACAUCGUUCCGGGAUUCCCUCCAUUCCUUGUGGCGCCGGCUACAGGAGGGGGAUGCAUCGAGCGCGGUCCGUUCACGGAACAACUGUGGAAAGCCCAUAUCGGUCCGGUAGGGAUCAGGCCUCAGGGUCCACAAGGCGGGCUGGAGUACAACCCUCGGUGUUUAAAGCGAGACCUGAGCCCCAUCUGGUCUCAGGAUACGAGGCCGACAAACGCGUCAAAGCUGCUCAACUGCCCGGAUUUGGCAUGCGUGAAUGAGGUGUUUGAUGCCCCCCAAGGGAUCCAUGGUUCGGGACACUUCCAGAUUGGAGGGGAGGAACUGGAUGUCUAUGUCAGCCCAAAUGAUCCCAUCUUUUGGCUGCAUCAUGCACAAGUUGACCGGCUGUGGUCGAUUUGGCAGGGAUUGGAUAUCCAGAACAGGACAAACCAGGUUUGGGGGACUGUGACGACGUUCAAUGUUCCGCCAAGUGACCCUGCUACACUGGAUUCUCCGGUCCCAUUUGGACCCCUCUUGCCAUCCAAGCCGAUCAGAGACUUGGUGUCGACGGUAGAUGGGGAUAUGUGUUACAUGUAUGAGUGA